AUGGCCCCUCGAGCCACGCGAAGUGCCACAGCAGCCGCCGCUCGAGAUAACACCGCGAAGCACAAGUCCCAGGCACAAGAAUUCAACCCACAAUCUGAGCGUCAGGAAGACAGCGACGGCGAUGGAGUUUCCAAGGGGACUGCAAAACCGGCGACCAUAGAGACCAAAAAGAAACCCAGCACCACUCUCCUCCCUCCAAGCCUCAAUCUGGGCUCCACGACCAUCAAAUUCACCGCCUUCACCGUCUCCAGCAGCACCGGCCAUGCCAAGUCAGGAAAAAAGUCGAGCAACAAGGAAACCCCAUGUCUCCGGAGCCACCAGGCCCCGCAUCCCACGUCGCUCAUCUUCACCCAUGGCGCGGGGGGCGACCUCUCGGCCGCGGCCGUGGUGAAUUUCGCGCAGGGGUUCGCGUCGACGGGCUCGGCGGUCGUCAUGUUCCAGGGCAGCAUGAAUCUCACGGGCCGGGCAGGACUGUUUGGGCUGGUCAAAGAGUACGAAAUGGAGCACGGAUCGCUCGCCAGCGCCCACGACGAGAGCACCGCGGCAGGAAAGAAGAGAAAGAUCGAGGCGCAGAGUAGUACCUCGGUGGCGUUCGGUGGACGGAGCAUGGGCGCACGCGCGGCCACGAUCGCAUCGCACAACGACAACCAGGUCAAAACCCUGGUGCUCGCGUCAUAUCCCCUCGUGGGACCGGGCGGGGACGUCCGGGACAAGAUCCUGCUGGAUAUCGCCGAAGACGUGGACGUGCUCUUCAUCGCCGGGGACAAGGAUAGCAUGUGUCCACUCGAGCGGCUCCAGGACGUCCGUGCGAAGAUGAAGGCCAGGACGUGGCGCGUGGUUGUCCAGGGCGCGGAUCACGGGCUGAACAUCCGCGGGGGAAGGAAGCUCAAGGACGGCACGGAACGGCUGGGCAAGGAGUGCGGUCGCGUGGCGGCCGCGUGGUUGCGCGAGAGGAAGGAUCCGGAGAAGCGAGAGAUGACGCUGCGCUGGGACGGGGAGACGGGGAGAGUCCUUGACGGGGUAUGGGUCGGUUCAGAGACUGCAACGAAUGGUAAGGAGGAGGAGGAGGAGGAGGCUGAUGACGAUGCCGGGAGCGAAGAAGAGGGUGGUGAGGCUGAGCGAGUCAGAGGGAAAAGGAAGAGGACGAAGAAAUGA